AAAACAUCAAGAUAUCAAGCAACUAAUUGGAUUUCUGGUCUCAUCUCUGAUCUCGCCAUCGUCCACAGAAAUGAGGUGGAUGAAUACGAGUGCGAGCUCCGGCGGUCCAUUCGAGCCCCAGCAAAUUCGCUUGGAGCCGUGUCUCUCGUGUAGGAUUCGUAAACCUUGGACCAGGACUGGCGGGAAGGAAGGACGAUCAAUUUUCUCUCGCACCUCCACCCCCUCCACUUCCCCGAUGUUGAACGACGACAACAACAAACCAUGAGUGCACAACGAUGUAUCAUAUUCUCUUCCUUCUUUCCUACCUUCUCUCAGUCACACUCGCCCAAUACCCUCCCGUGUCGAACCUAACUACCAUCACCUCGCCGUUCGAUGCGAACAUCACAAUUUCUUUCAAGUCCCCACGGACAGACACUUGCAAAACUGCCUUUGACACACAGCAACAGUAUACAGGAUGGGUUCACAUUCCCGGAACAUACCCAACCAACACGUUCUUUUGGUUUUUUGGGGCGCGAGAGCCGACUGAGCAGUUGACGAUAUGGUUGAAUGGCGGGCCUGGGGCGAGCUCUAUGAUCGGCCUCUUCACCGAGAAUGGCCCCUGCCAGGUCGUUGAGCUUGCGGCAGGCAAACUUGGGACAAUUGUGAGAGAUUGGGGCUGGGACAGAGGGUCGAAUCUGCUGUACAUUGAUCAGCCAAACCAGGUUGGAUUUUCAUACGACACGCCGACCAAUUGCUCUCUGGACCUCCUCACAUCCUCUCUUUAUACUCCCGAACAAGUGCACCCAAGCUCACAACCUGCGGACACGUUCUUGAACGGCACUUUCAGCUCAUUGAAUAUGAGUAACACCGCGAAUACAACUGAAACAGCUGGCAUGGCUAUCUGGCAUAUGCUCCAGGGAUUUUUAGGUGCUUUCCCAGAGUUUGGACCAACAAACUCGUCAAUAAUGGGCGUUCAUUUGUUCGCAGAAAGCUAUGGUGGGAAGUAUGGUCCUGCUUUUGCAACAAUUUGGGAAGAGCAGAACCUACGUCGCUUGAAUGGGUCGAUUCCCAGAAACGCAACUGUUGAGAUCAAACUCGUCUCACUGGGCAUAGUCAAUGGCUGUGUAGAUGACCUUGUACAAGCACCGUUCUACCCUGCCAUGGCCGUCAAUAAUACCUAUGGCUUAACGGCUAUCAAUCCAACUCGAGCGGAGGCGGCCACCGGUAGUUUUUACUCGUCCGGAGGCUGUCGAGCCCAAAUCAACCAGUGUCGGACCGCCGUAGCCAACCAAGAUCCCGGGAACUCUGGUGAUGUGUCAGUAGUCAAUAGUAUCUGCUCGAACGCCUAUACUUUCUGUAACGAAUAUGUCGUCCAACCAUACAAUGAUGCCGGUAGAAAUGUGUAUGAUAUAGCACACUUCUUACCUGAUCCCUUCCCACCAAGUACCUAUCUGGAAUAUUUGAACACCCCCUCGGUCCAGUCAGCGAUAGGUUCCCAGCUUAACUACACGCAGACAAAUCAGCAAGUCGUGUCAGCUUUCACUUCAACCGGAGAUUAUGAACGGCAGGCACUAAUUCCUGACAUCGCUGCUCUCCUGAGGGCUGGUGUCCGAGUUGGCUUCAUCUAUGGCGAUCGCGACUACAUUUGCAAUUGGCUAGGUGGAGAAGCCAUCUCUUUGGCGGUCGCAGCUCAAACAUCGCCAGCUUAUGCGUCGUUCUUCCCUGCAGCUGGCUAUGCGCCCAUCAUCGUCAACACUACGUACAUUGGAGGCGCUGUUCGCCAAUAUGGAAAUCUUUCGUUUAGCAGAAUCUAUGAUGCUGGUCAUAGUGUCCCAGCAUAUCAACCGGAAACGGCCUUCCAGGUCUUUGCCCGAAUAAUGACAGGCACCUCUCUCUCAACUGGAGCCACAAUUGACCUCUCCGCGUACGGUACGACUGGUCCAGUAAACUCGACCUAUACAAACAGUCUGCCAGCAUCUCCUUCCGCAACUUGUUGGCUCAGGAACAUCCCCGAGACUUGCAACAGCGAUCAGAAGAACAUGAUAAUCCAUAAUCAAGGAGUCAUAAUCAACGGUGUUCUGUACAGCGCGUCUUCUGACUGGAGCUCCAUUGCCUCGUCGGCAACCCCAACGGCAGCAGGAGGUGCCAGCGUCACAGUAACUGCCACAGAAGUGCUCACCGGAUUCUUCACAGCUACCAGCACACCUACGCCUUCCAAAAAGUCCUUUGGCGCUUCCUCUUUCAGGAUGAAUCUCAACCUUCUGGUUCUACCCAUCCUUGGAGCAUUGGCUUCUUCAUCUUUCCUGUCCUGAUUAUUUUCUAGCAUUUAGAUUCUUGCAAAAUCAUAAUGGCGGCGUAAUGGCAUUUGUAAGCAAAAAAAGAUCGCGAGAUGGAUGGCUUGCAGACAGUAAUGGAUUUUUGGCCUGCUUUCUUGCAUUAUACCCUGCCUAAAAUGGCAAAUAUGUGUUGCUGGGAGAAUUGGCUUUUGCAGCUCGCGUGAGAUAUUGCAUUGUUUGCAAUAUAAUGUGGCUUCAUGUCUGCCUUGGAGUCAAGUUGGAGGUACACUCUGAGACGGAAAUUAGGAUGUUAAUGCGUUGACACGUGUGUAAUCUUAUAUAAAUACACGAAAGACAUGCAACAAGGGACAUAUCAACCAUUCCUUACUAUCGC